AUGGCAACGCCUAAUCAGGAAACAGGAUCGCCAAUGGAUGGCAAUGCUUCUGACAUGCAUGAAAAUCGUGAUAGUGACAUUCAUCAAAAUGGGAUUACAAAUAACAACGACAGAACACCAACUGUCGAAUUAGUCGAAAAUAAAACUAUUUUACAACGAAUUUUUAGCAAAAACAAAGAAGAAAAACAAUCAGUCGAAAUGAUCAGCCUUCGCAGUUUGUUUCGAUACGCUCGUCCAAUCGAUGUGUUCUACAUGUUGUUGGGUAGUGCCGCUGCUACUGCACACGGAGCUGGAUGGAUAUUGCUCGAGUUGAUCUUUGGAAACUUGGUAAAUAUAUUCACCAAUCGUGUACACAGUUUAUGUUCACUGAAUAUUAGUGCUAUCUCUCAAGAAUACUGUCCGCCAGAUGUUAAUUUGACACUAACCAAUGUUUUUACUUCAGCCACGUACGUACAAGUACAGUUUUCUUAGAUAAGAACUGAAUCUUGACACUAAGGCAGGCAAGAAAAGCUAACAAUAUGAUGAUGAAAACACGGUUAAUUUAAGUAAAUAAAAAUGUUUCCAUGAUUUAGAAAAUAUACGUGUAUAGGAGUUCGAUUUUUUUCAAUUUUACAGAGCAUUAUCGUUUUUUUCGUUUUGAUUUCAUCGAGUUUACAACUAUCUUAAAAGAC